CGGUAAUAUGGCUCCUGAGCGAGCGGUCCCGGCUCGGUGCUGCUACCGCCAUUAACCCCUUGGUGCUCGGUUGCGGUGGAGGGACCGCGGGGCCGAUGCGCAGGCGCCUCUCGCGCUCCCGGGCCGCCGCCCUCCCGUGAGGAUGAGCUCGGCCGUCGGCCCCGCCGCGCUCCCCGCGGGCUCCAGCAGCCGGGCCCUGCAUGUGGAGCUGCCCUCGCAGCAGCGGCGGCUUCGUCACCUACGGAAUAUUGCUGCACGUAACAUCGUUAAUAGGAAUGGUUAUCGCCUUCUGGAUACCUACUUCACUCUUCAUUUGUGUGAUAACACUAAGAUAUGUAAAGAAUUUUAUAGGAGUGAAGUGAUCAAGAACUCCCUGAAUCCAACAUGGAGGAGUCUUGACUUUGGAAUAAUGCCUGAUCGCCUCGAUACAUCUGUGUCAUGUUUUUUGGUGAGGAUCUGGGGUGGCAAGAAAGAGCUCUAUCAGCUGUUGAUCGAAUGGAAAGUCAAUCUAGAUGGACUAAAAUACUUGGGUCAGCAGAUACAUGCUCGAAACCCAAAUGAAAUAAUUUUUGGGUUGAACGAUGGCUAUUACGGAGCUUCAUUUGAACAGAAGGACCAUUCAGGCACCCAGAAGAGUAGUCUUCUCCAGGUGGAUCAGAACUGUGUCCGUAACUCGUAUGAUGUCUUCUCGUUGCUUAGGCUUCAUAGAGCCCAGUGUGCAAUUAAACAGACUCAGGUAACUGUUCAGAAAAUAGGAAGGGAGAUUGAAGAAAAACUGAGACUUACAUCCACAAGCAAUGAACUGAAAAAAAAGAGUGAGUGUUUACAGUUGAAAAUUUUGGUGCUUCGGCAUGAGCUGGAGAGGCAGAAGAAGGCACUGGGUCGAGAGGUGGCCUUGCUGCAUAAGGAACAAAAUAUGUUACUUAACAAAGAAAAGGCAUUUGAGACUGAAUACCAGAGGCUUCAAAUGCAUAAAGAAUCCCUGCAUGAGUUGAGAAAAGAAUGCACUGCUAAGAGAGAACUGUUCUUGAAGACCAAUGCACAAUUGACCAUUCGAUGCAGGCAGUUGUUAUCAGAACUUUCUUAUAUUUACUCUAUUGAUUUGAACGAUCAAAAGGAUUACUUCGUCUGCGGAGUCAAGCUGCCUAAUUCUGAAGACUUUCAAGCAAAAGAUGAUGGAAGCAUUGCUGUUGCCCUGGGCUACACUGCACACUUGGUCUCAAUGAUUUCCUUCUUUCUACAAGUGCCACUCAGGUAUCCCAUAAUUCACAAAGGUUCUAGAUCUGCAAUCAAAGAUAAUAUCAACGACAAACUGACAGAGAAAGAGCGCGAGUUUCCACUGUAUCCAAAGGGAGGAGAGAGACUUCAAUUUGAUUAUGGAGUUUACCUUCUCAACAAAAAUAUAGCACAGCUUAGAUAUCAACAUGGAUUGGGUACUCCAGACCUAAGGCAAACUCUUCCUAACCUGAAAAACUUCAUGGAGCAUGGGCUAAUGGUCAGAUGUGAUCGGCAUCAUAUUUCUAGUGCAAUUCCAGUUCCAAAGAGACAAAGUUCUACCUUCGGGGGCUUGGAUGUUGGCUUAUCUACUGGGCCUUCUUCCCCAGAUAAGGGACACCGGGAACGGGCCAGCUCAGAGAAUGAAAGACUACAGUACAAAACCCCCCCUCCUAGUUAUAACUCUGCAUUAGCACAGCCUGUUGCCAUUGCAGCCCUUGUAGAAGAGUCGGAUAAAAAAUCUGGAUCGCUAACCUCAUCCUUAGAUACCUCCAUGGACUUCCCAAAAGAAACCAACAAAAAAGGAGAGGAUUUGUGUGACAGUUUAAAUGCAGAAAAUGGGAGUCUGAAUAAUGUCCAAGACCCGCAGGAGUCUUUCCUGGGACGUACUAGUGCAAUAAAUGGAACAUUUCUGCCUAGUGAAUGCACUGGCAGUGCAAGCAGUGAGCAGCCAUGCGAGUUCUAUCCUCCCCUCAGCACUGACCUUUGUUGCACCGUCGAGCAAGCAGAGGAAAUAAUUGGGAUGGAAGCAACAGGAUUCAGCACCGGAGAUCAGCUAGAAGCCUUUAACUGCAUCCCGGUGGAUCAUGCUGUAGCAGUGGAAUGUGAUGAUCAAGUUCUAGGGGAGUUUGAGGAGUUCUCCCGAAGGAUCUAUGCACUGAACGAAAACAUGUCCAGCUUUCGCAGACCGCGCAAAAGUUCGGACAAGUAAGCUUCAACAGGAAUUCGGUAGUGGACGGUACCACGGUGAUAUCAGCAAUCUGAAAUGAAGAUAAAGUUGCACUUCUAAUCCUUUGGGUUAAUUAUGGAAAAAUGAUUAAAGCUGUUCCUUUGGUGUUGGAAAAUGAAUUUUGUAACUGAGAGUGAUAACAAAGGAUCAUGGUAUAUUCACUGUCCAGGUAAACUUUGACUCUGCUUCCAGUCCUUUCUUUGUCUGGUAUUUAUAAGCUGUUUUUCAGGUACCAGAGUCCAUUCUAAAUACUUUCUUUGAAAGAGAUUUUAGUGCCAAUCAGGCCCUUGUAUGAAUCUUUGUCUGCUUUCGUUAUUAUUUAGUUAUAUUUUAUUUUCAUCUUUUGAGGGGAAAAGGUUAAUUUAAAAGUAUAUCUAUGGUAAGACCAGCAGUCAUUAUAUUUUUACCUUCUCCAAUAUAUAGUUUCUCUUGAGCAAUGUAGUCAGUGUUACAGAAAUACCAUGAACUUGCUACUUUUGAACAGCGUCUUAUUCUGUUGAAUUUUGCAAUCCUUAACAUUUUAAGAUUGCACCGAUGGGUUUUCUGUUCUUUAAAGCCUGGUGUAAACGUACCAGAGAAACAUGCAUCUUUUUAUAAGCAUCUAAAUGAGAUACCCACACCAAUUCCCUCCCCUCCGACACUCACUGCUACUACCAGCAGGCAAAGUUUCCAGGUGGAAACCGUGAGGGCUAAAUAACUUUACUAUUCUUCAACAGUCAUGUUAAUCUAACCAAUGAAAAUUGCCCCACUCCCGGGUUAGGAUUAAAAUAGAACUAUUACACCAGAGGCAAAAGCCUAAAAAAUGCAUUAUAUUAGCAGGUUCCACCUAUCAUUUGUUUUAUGCGAUGUCUUGCUUUCAGACAUCAAGGUGCUGUGAUGGAUUUCAUGGACACUCUCAAGUAAUCCAGACUCUGUGCAAUCAGUACAUUGGGCCUGUUAUGCAGUUUGAUUGUAGAUAGGUAGUUUACCACUGGCACAUGUGUUUACAACUGCACUAAUGGAAAAACAGAUUUUGCAGCCUGCUUGUGAUUUCCUGGUAUUUGUCUGAGUUCGGAUUUCAUUGUUCUUGCUUUCUAUAUUGUAUACCCAAGAAUUUGGGCUCAGUUGUGAGCUCUCAGAUAUCAAUAUAUAUAUAUAGCAGAAUAAAAGUUUAAUUUACUUCAUCAUGCCUGAUUUUACUUUCCCACUUUAAUCUUUCUCUUGAACCAGUAAGUGAGUCUGUUACUUUCUAACUUUACCAUAAGGUAAACCUAAAUUAAUUUAAACUGUGGAUAUGUGUAAUCUAAACAUUGUAGGUUGACAAACCAACACAUUGAGUGUGAGAUACAAUAUAUACAUAGUUGCAGUCUAGUAGCUGCAUUUUCUAUGUAAUACCUUAAUGAGUAUAUUGAAAUCCUAUUUAUAUUUUCAUUAAAAGUUUCAAAAGCUUAUUUAUAACUGCAUUAGUUAACCUAGCCUUUCUACAGCAUUUCAUCUAUUUUUAGGAUAUUGCAAGAAACAUUAAAAACAGGCAUUCAGAAAUUAAGGCCAAGGUAUUAAGCACGUGUCUAACGUCAAGCAUGAACAUAUUCCAUUUAACUCAGUGGGACUGCUCAAAUGCCUAAAGUUGAGCACAUGCUUUAAGUACCUUGUGGAAUUGGGUCCCAUUGGCCCUAGAAAAUGGUGCUUCAGUUCUAACAUCAUGAAAAAUUCCUUUGCAUUCCAAAAAAAUUGUGUGUAUUUCCAUAGGGUAACUAACAGCUGUUUUAAAGCACUAUUACUAUGCGUGGGGAAAACUUACAAAAUAUUUUUUUUUACUAAACCCUAUGGAUAGCAUAAUGAGAGCCAAAUUUGAAUGCACAGAAUUCCCAUUGAAGUCUUUCUGCACUUCAGAUGAGAACAAAGUGGUGGGAUGCUUCGUGCUAAUGACUUCAUCUUACCUUCUUCCUUUUUUCUGCUCGCAGAGAGAGAGAUAGCAGAACCACUACAACCUCCAGUCUGAGCAUUAAUGGCAUUAGGAGUCACUCAUGCACAUUUGAGGGUGGAAUUUGAUUUUUAUUUUUUAUAUAUGAGCACUUCUACUGAUACAUACAGUACAUAAAUGAGGAAGUCAUUAUAUUUGGGAGUACAAUAUAGUCUGUGCUGUGGUGUCUCUAAAUCUACCCAAAGAAGAGUUGUAAAAUUAUGUCCCUUACACAAGCACCAUUUGACUCAAAGCAAUUGGACAAUGUAUUAAAUGGGGUUCAUAGAACAUCAAUGUGACUUUAAAUACUUUUUGCAUUAUUUUCAAAUUGAUUAUCUCAGGUUCCACACAACCAAAUGAAGCCCAAUAGUUGUCUUCCCAUAUGUUGUGUUGUGUUGCUCUUUUAACCCAGUGUUUCUGGAGUUUAUAAAAACUCUUCUAAUGAACCACUGUUGACCCCUGUAAUUAUAAUGCGUAUGUCACAGUACAGCUAUUCUUGAGUCUGCAUGUUUGUUGCACAAGUUUGCUUUACCCACUUUCUUCAAUAAUGAAUCCUUUCAGCACACCUACACCUUAAAUUGCCACCAAGUUUUUAUAACGUUCUACCUAAAACAGUGUCUUGGGGCUUAUCAAAGCAUUGACAAAUUUAUUUUUGCCAUUAUAAGGCAAAAAUAUUGCACAAGCCACCACCUCGUGGCUUUUUUACAGUUUGCCUUGUAAAUUACGGAAUUAAAAAAAAUCUUGGGGUCGGAGGAGUGGAGGUAAACUGUAAAUUCGGAUGAUAUAUCACUGUGCAUUUUAGUUGCCAAAAGCCUUUUAGUUUCUGCACAGCGGACACACUGUUAAGUCUGCAAGCGUUUUCAAGUGAAAAUGUUUCAUUGCAUUUUCUUCCCCCACUAGAAAUUCCUAAGAUUUCUCAGAAUAUUAGUUUUGGAAGAUUUGUGUCCAGCUCUAUUUUUAUAGCAAGCAUAAGUGUGUUGGCUUAUCCUUGCCUAGCCAGGUACUUUAAAUAACUAAAACAAAAUAAAAUAUCCCAUAAUAAAUGGCAUGUUAAAGUUCCAUUGGUAAUUGCAAAAAAUCUCUGCAUCUGUAUUUAUAAAAUAAAAUUGGUUAGUAUUUAUCUGAA